AUGCACAGUUCCGACACGGCUGAAAUCUUCUUCGACAACGUCAGGGUACCGGCUAGCUGUAUCAUUGGCGAAGAGGGUCGUGGAUUCUUCUAUCAGAUGCUACAAUUCCAAGAUGAACGAUCCCUGCUGGAGCCUCUUCAACGACCGUACACUUCACGCUGGCAGAACUUCAGUCAGAAGUUGAAGCCGUUCGAGCCCUUCUCUACAGACUUCUCAUCUGCCGAUGACGUCACUUUGCUAGCCUCCAUGACGAAACUGAAAGCCGGACGACUGGCCAGAGUUGUCACUGAUAGUUGCCUACAGUUCUGGGGUGGCAAUGGAUUCACGUGGGACAAUCCAGUGUGCCGAAUGCACCGUGACCUCCGCCUGCACUCAGUUGGAGCUGGAGCUGAUGAAGUCAUGCUCUCGAUCAUCUGUAAACAUAUGGGAAUCGCACCGCAAAAACCUCGAUUUUAA